AUGGAGACGGCGGCCACGACAUUCGCCUCUCUUGCAAUUCUAGGUCUAGCUGGAUAUGCGUAUCAUCGCUACUACAAAUAUCUGAUCCUGGAAAAAAUGGAGAAUGCUUUCAACCCUGGUGACCCUGCGCUUGAAAUUGCCGGGAUCGAGGAAGGAAAGCACCGGUUCAACCACGAAGAGCACUGGGUAGUCCGUGACGAGCAAGCCCGCAUCGACAGGAUUGUCUCUGGCCUCGGAGUCGGACGCUAUUACCUGUUGGUCGGGGAGAAAGGGACUGGAAAGACGUCCAUGAUCCUCGAAGCGAUGCGUAAAAUCAAUGGCGAGGGGUGCGCAAUGUUCGAGGCGCACGGAGACCUGGAAAUCUUCCGGAUCCGUCUGGGCAAAGCACUAGACUAUGAAUUCCAUGAAGACUACAUUGGAAGCUUAUUCAGCAUCAAGGGCCCCCGGGACACAACCGCUCUCCUGGAUAUUGAGCGCGCGUUCAACAAGCUAGAAAAGGUCGCUUUGACUAGACGGCGCACGAAGAAGAGCCCCUUGAUUCUGAUUGUCAACAGCGCACACUUAGUUCGCGACGAUCAUGAUGGCCAGGAUCUUCUUGAGGUCAUUCAGCAACGAGCCGAGCAGUGGGCCGCAAGUGGCCUUGUCACGACGAUCCUGAAUAGCGAUGAUUACUGGGUAUACGAACGCCUCAAACGCUAUGCGACGCGCAUGGAAGUCAUCCCCGUCAAAGAUUUACCAAAGGAGCCGGCCAUGGAGGCUCUGAAGAGAUACCGCAAGCAGUAUUUUGGUGAAGAGCUUUCACCUGAAGACCUAGAGAAGGUGUACGACGCUGUUGGAGGGCGGUUGUCCUUCUUGAAUCGGGUGGCCAAGGCCCCCGACUACAAGAAACUAUGCCGAGAUAUCUGCACGGCGGAGAAGACAUGGUUCCUCAACAAGUGUUGGAUCCUGGGCCCCGAGAUGGAUGAUGAUGUGAUGGACCAGCAGAAAUAUGCGUCUGCCGCGAUGGUGCUGGCCAAGGCACUUGUGGAAGAGGAAAAGAAGAUGAAGCAUGUCUACCACCCGGAGCUAGGCCACAUCCUCCCCGAGAUCCCCCUCCACGAAGCCCGGCAGAUCAUGACGAGAGCCGAUUUCGUUCAGAGUUAUGAUCAUGAAAACAUCUUCACUAUCGACUCUCGAGCCAUGGUUCGAGCCGACUCGGUUCCGAUGCAGAACGCGUUCCGUGAAAUCUGCAACUGGCCAGGGUUCGAUGAGCACUUAGAGGGCACACUGACGCGUAUUGGAGACAUCGAAAGUCUCGGACGUACGCGCGAAUUGACGAUUAAAGACCUAUGGAAUCAGGGAAAAUACCAGCUGGUCAUGCGGGAUAGCAAGGGUCGUGAGCAAGGCGCGGCGGAGUUUUCCGUGUUAUUGUUGACUAUUUUACGGGCACACAACCACACCUUUCUGAACAAACACGACGAUCAGAUUCGAACCAUGUCCCCGCGCAAGAAAGAAGUGCUGUCCUCUGUGACAAUAACCCAGGAGCCCAGCGCCAGUGCGCAGCCCCACCACAAGACGCAGUUGGAGCGGGUUCCACCCCCAGCGCGAUUCCUUUUGGCCGUUGUCAGCAGUCUAGCUCUGAGCUCUGGCCUGUUUACGCUCAUGCCGAUCGUGACCCGGGGCGAGCUCGGCAAUGUGAGCAAGCACCUCGAGACCUGGUGGGAAGUGGGAGGGUUGAUGGCAUGGAAGGCCGUCGAGGUCGGGCUGGCCUGGAUUCUGGGAUACGAUAGCCAUGACGUCUGCUCCUUCACCUUCCUCACCCAUCUUCCGACCUACUCCCUCCUCUCCACCUUCUACGGUGUGCGACCGACCACCGUCCUGGCCUCGUAUGCGAUCACCAUCCUCUCAACGGUCCUCCCCUUCGCCCUCCUCCGCCGCCCCAACUCUUUCCACGACCUCGCCCACGCGAGCUCGGAGACCGUCUCCAACCGCCUCAUCCUGCAAGACCGCGCCACAACCGCCUACACGACCAUGGUCGCGACUGCGAUCUUCACUGUGGCCCUCUCUCUCAGCUACGCCACCCCGUGGCUGCCCACCAACCUGGUUCUCCACUUCGAGGGCAUCCCCGACAUCUCCGCCGUGCAUGCCGGACCCGCCGGCCUCCCAGCUCUCUUCGUGACUCUCCUCCCCGCUGGCUGGGCGGCGCGCGACUUCCUCUUCGCCAGCUCGACCGGCGCCUCUGCCGCCCGCGACAAGAAGGCUGAGAAGACCACGAAACCCUCCAGCUCCGCCCAGGACGGCGAGUACCUCGCAUGCGCCGUCUACCGCAAGACGUGGGGCACCUUGUCCCUCAAGACUCAGGUGCUGAUCUCGCGCACCGUUGUUCUGGCCGGUAUGUUGCUCGCCAACACGGUCAUCCAGGUCGCAGGCACGGUGAACCGCGUGAGCGUGGAGGGCGCCUCGGCCUGGGGGCUGGUGUGGGCCGCUGCUGCGGUGGUGAACGGAUUGAUGUUUGGAUGGAUCGAGUCGGUGGACGGCGUAUGA